AUGAAUGAGUUUUAUGAAAUCGACGAUAGAAUUCUGGGGACGGGGAAAUUCGGAACCGUGCGAAGAUGCACGUGCCGAUCAACGGGGAUGCAAUACGCCUGCAAGUCCAUAUCCAAGGCGACGCUAAUCGAAGCGGAUGAUAUAGAGGACGUGCGUCGUGAGGUGCGCCUUCUGCAGAAAGCAAUGUGUCAUCCAGGCGUGAUGCGGCUGCACGCGGUGUUCGAAGACGACAGCGACGUGUAUCUGGUUACAGAACUCUGCGACGGCGGCGAUCUCUUCGACGAAAUCGCGAGACGCGGGCGAUUCAGCGAGCGCGACGCGGCGCAGGUGUUCAUGCAAGUGACAACACCGUCGGACCCGGCGGAAAAACCGGCGCAAUCGCAACCCUCGAUCGCCAAACACCAGCACCGCUCAUACCACUCCGUGAAACUCGCGGACUUCGGUCUCGCGGUCCCCUUGGAUCGCGGCGAGUGGACGACGGGCCCCGCGGGGUCGCCGUACUACAUGGCGCCCGAGGUGAUUUCCGGCCAAUACGGCCUCUCCGCCGACGUCUGGUCCCUCGGCGUCGUGCUUCACAUUCUUCUCACCGGCUCUCCGCCUUUCUGGGGCCCGGAUGAUCAAGGGAUCCUAGACAGCGUGGUGAAUGGGCGGGUGGAUUUGGGAGAAAAUUCGGCGGCGUGGGCGGGCGGGCGCGUCUCGGCGGAGGCGCGCGGACUGAUUCGGUGCAUGCUGGAGAGGGACCCGCGGCGACGGCCUUCCGCCAACAAGGUGCUCUCGCACCCCUGGCUGCUGCUGCACGCGUUCGGAGGGCGCAUCGUGCGGAAGGUGAAGGGCUGCGCACACGCGGAGGAGGGAAAACAUGCGCCAGCGACGGCGGGUGUGAUUGUAUCGAAUGUUGGCGCAGUUGAAGGCAUGUAA